AAAUAUUUUGAUCUAGUCUGUUUAAAAAAAAAAAUUAUCAUCGUUAACUUUAUUUACAUAACUCUGAACUACGAAGUUAUAUCUGUACUUCGAUAAAUUGCAUUUUAUAAUCGAUUUAGAUACAACAUGGAACGUAUCGCUAUAGUGACUGGAGGAAACAAGGGCAUUGGUUUAGCCAUUGUCAAAGGGCUUUGUAAACAAUUUGAUGGUAUUAUUUAUCUCACUGCUCGUGAUACUCAGCGUGGUUUAAAUGCUGUCAAAAAAUUAGAAGGAGAAGGAUUGAAAGUAAAAUUUCAUCAACUCGACAUUACUGAUGAAAACAGUAUCAAUACUUUUCGCGAUUAUUUACAAAAAACAUAUAAUGGACUUGAUGUAUUGAUCAAUAAUGCAGCAAUUUCUUUCCAGACAGAUGCAACCGAACCUUUUGGUUAUCAAGCAGAAGAAACUCUGAAGGUAAAUUACUUCAGUUUGAGAAAAAUAUGUGAGAAACUUUAUCCGCUACUUAGACCACAUAGUCGCGUUGUACAUUUGUCCAGUAGUUCUGGUCGUUUAAUAAAUAUUUCUGGUGAAUCAUUAAAAGAAAAAAUAUCUAACCCAAAUUUAACGGAAGAGGAAUUGGAUAACAUUAUGCAUAAAUUUGUUGAUGAUGCGAAAAAGAAUAUUCAUUUACAAAAUGGUUGGUCCAAUUCUGCUUAUGUGGCCAGUAAAAUAGGUGUUUCUGCUUUAGCUGUAAUACAUCAGGCUAAAUUUAAUAAUGAUCCACGAGAAGAUAUAGUAGUAAAUGCUGUACAUCCUGGUUAUGUGGAUACCGAUAUGACCAGUCAUAAAGGGCCUCUUACACCCGAUGAAGGUGCUGUAGCCCCAAUUUAUUGUGCAUUGCUACCGAAUAAUACUGAAAUAAAGGGAAAAUAUAUCUGGUAUGACAAAACUCUAUCAGAAUGGAAAUAAAAUACUUUAACAUAUAAUACUACAUAAUUGCACUGUCAUUUCAAUGCAAGAAAACAGAACUAUAUAUAAAUGAUAAAAUGAACAUGAAUCUUUAUGCAUUGUUACAAAUAUAAUGCUUAUAUUUUUCAUGAGAUAUUGUAUUAUCAAGUAAUUCAUAGUACAAAAAGAAAAAAAAAAA